AUGCUGUUCCUGCCGCUGGAGGAGGACUCGUGGCUCUUCCGCCUGUGCCUGUACUACGGCUUGCUAGUGCUGCUGCUAGAGCUGCUGGUGCCGCUCGUCUUCCAUCGCCGCGUGCGCGUAGAGAUCCCCCGUGUGGCGCUGCGUGGGCCUGCAGUUCCGCUGUCCACUCGCGAGUUCGUGCAACGCCGACGAGCUCUACAGCAGCAGCUGGCGGCACUGCAACGAGCGCUCGCGGAGACGCCGCGCCGCUCUCCGCAGAAAAGGAAGCAGUUGUUGAUAGACGCGAGUGCAGUAAGAGACCGACCAGACGCGUCUCCGUCACCGUCUCCGUCUCCGUUGGCAUCCCCAACGUCUUCAGUCAAGGUCUCGAGGCUGGAAUCUUCACGGGAAACCAGUGGAAACAAGCGACGGGUUGAGAGGUCGGAGCGAAAAGGUGAUGGAGAGGAGCAGAGAGAUCGAGAUGAAGCUGGACAGCGAAGAGAGGACACGGUGGUGGAUGGUGAACAGGUGCAGGUGUCAAGGCAAGAUCCCGUGGCGUUGAACAAUUCGUCGGCGACACGUCCAGCUCGAAGUGGUGGGUUUUCGUUCGACGAAGUUGAUCGUGAAGAAGAGGAGGGGGAGGAGAACCAGGCGUCUCGGAACGAGUCUGUUGGUUGGGAGCAAGUUGCGAGAAGGAGGGAGUCCCCGACGUUUUCAGGGCGAAGACCUGUGCGAUUAGUAGCAGACGAUGUGGGUCCUGUGAGGUACAACGGGCCCAGCGAAGCUGCAUCACGGCUAGAAGCGCUCAUUCGAGCGCGAAGGAGGAGAGCGAGCACUACGCCAGUAUACGCGCCGCCACCAACAACAACAGCUGCAGUGUCGUCGCCAUCGUCAUCGCCACCACUCAACGAUGUUCGUGUGACUGAAGUUGAAGAAUCAUCAUUAGAGCACGGUGGUUCUACUACACCCAACCCGGUACCAGAGGCAAUUCCAUCGCUGUAUGGACACCAAGACGAAGGGCAGGCAGUGGAAGAUGACGAAGAAACUAAGGACUCGGAACCGCUCACAGAUUUCCAAGCGUUUUGCGCUUCUUUCGCAACUGGCGGCUCAGCUGCAGCCCAGAAAGCUUUAGCGAAGCGAAAACACCACGAAGCGUUUGGAUCAGAAGAUGAGCAGGCGACUAGCACUGCUGGAGUAGCCCAGCAAUCCGUCGAGACAAGAAAACAUCCGCGAGUGUUUGAAGAGGAGGAGGAGCAAGUAGCUGACGAAGUUACUCCUGUUGAACCCCACAGCGCUGAAAAGCGGACACACCACGAAGCGUUUGGCUCGGAUGGCGACGGUGCAGUCGACGAUGCUGUAGGUGCUGAGCAAGUCCUAGAAAAGCGCACACGUGACGAAGCCUUCGGAGCGGAGGAGAAGCUGGAGUGGCCACAGGAGAAGUAA